UGUUCCCUGUAUCUCCUCAGCCAAUAAAUACCAAGAGGCGUCCUUAGCUCGAGCAGCACUCUUUUCCUCUCAGCAUCCAUCUGACACCAUGUGGAUCCAAGCUCUGCUCCUCGUCUGCUGCUUCUGGCCGGCUGAGACUCAGCGUGACGGCAGCAGGGGACAAAACAUCUGGGAGAAUCCUGUGAAGUUUGCUACCAGGGCCGGAGACUUGUGCACCAUGAUAAUUACGGGCCAAGGAGAACACACGAAGCUGAGGGUGUCGUGCCAGGGCGGCGAACGCUCUUACUGGUGCGACUAUUUGGGGAAACCUCACACCUGCAGCGCCUACAACAAAAUGCCUCGGCACUACUUUGUUCAGAUCAUGUGGAGCCUCAGAAAGCUCCAAAAUGCCUGUGAGGGCCCAAGACGGAUUAAGCCUCACAUGUGCAGAAAGGCACCUGACGAAUCUCUGAUGAUCUUCUCGUCUGAUUCCCUCUCUGACUCAGAGCCGGAGACUUUGCCUAAAAAAGUGCCACGACCACCGAAUCGGCCUAGGAGACCCCAAAAUCGGCCGGGACCUGCACCUACCAGAUCUGAUUCAGCGAGACAAGCUGCCGUGAAGUCCAUGCACAUCCCACAAGGAGUUACAACCACACUGAGACCAACUCCACAAGCAACAAUACCUCCCGUGAAGAGCUAUGCUAAGAGGGUGUCUCAGCAGUACUGCUGGAGGUCCCUGCAAGGCCUCUGCUCCUACUUCAUUGGUUUGUUUCGAAAUUGACGAGAGAGAUUAUAUUAAACUUCUGACUGAGGCAGCCAUUGAAGGGAACGUUGUAGAUCGGCUGUUGUUUCUUUUUCUUUUUUGGGGGGGG